AUGUGCGGGACGCAAUCGGUGGGGUGGACCCCUGUCAUCGAUAAACUCGGCUCCGCAGACCGCAGCUCCGUCCUCCGCCUCGUCACUCCAAAUCCCUCAGCCUCGCCUCAAAAAUUUCCCAACAACUACAUGGCUCCCUCCAGGGGCAUCACCGCGCUUUUGCGCGCCAAUUGCUCAGCGACGACGACAUUUCGUUACGGGCUUCAGCGCUGGCAUGGACUCACCCGCUCCUACACCUCCAUCCCCGACCUCGCGACCGACCCGGCGCGACAGACUCAGAUCUACAUCUCCCGCAGCACCGACCCCUACCUCAACCUCUCCCUGGAGCACUACCUGCUCCAAUCCACCCCGCCAACCUCCACCGUCCUCUUCCUCUAUACCAACCGGCCCAGUCUCAUCAUAGGCCGCAACCAAAACCCUUGGGUGGAAACCAAUCUCUCGCUCCUCCGAAACACCCCGUCAUCCGCCUCUACAGAUGACAUCUCCCUCGUCCGCCGCCGCUCCGGAGGCGGCGCCGUAUUCCACGACGAGGGCAACGUGAAUUACUGUGUCAUCACCCCGACAUCCGAGUUCGACCGCGACAAGCACGCUCACAUGGUCGUGCGGGCCUUGCACUCCCUCGGCGCGACGCGGGCGGCCGUGAAUGCCCGACACGACAUCGUGCUUGACGUGUCGCCCCCUCCCAUCCCACGAAGCAAGAAAGCAAACAUCACGACAAGCGCUGCAGCCACGGGACCCGCGACGCCAACGCAUAGGAAGGUGUCUGGGUCGGCAUAUAAGUUGACGCGGCUGCGGUCUCUCCAUCAUGGGACGUGUCUGCUCAGUUCGCCGAAUAUAGGGGGGAUAGGGGCGUAUCUUCGCUCGCCAGGGAAGGGAUAUAUGCUGGCGCGCGGGGUGGAUAGCGUGAGUUCGCCGAUUGCGAAUGUGCGUGUUGGAAAUGGAGAGUUUGAGGAGGCAGUGGUUGGAGAGUUUGAGGAGAUGUACGGGGGGGUUGAGGUUGUAGAGGUUGGGGAGGAAGAGAUUGAGGGGGUGGAGGAGAUCAGGAAGGGUGUGAAGGAAUUGAGGUCUGAGGACUGGAUAUACCUCCAGACACCGCAGUUCACAUUCUCGUCGCACCCGACGGAAGAGGACCCUCGCGAGCGUCCUCUCCGGCCACCCUACGUCCAUGCGGCGGCAUCUGUGCUGUUUACGGCGCGCAACGGCGCGAUUACCGACGCAGAGAUCCGCAAUGGGGAGGGCGAGCGUGCGGAGGGGUUAGUGGGGAGGAAGGUGCAUGAGAUUAUGGAUUGGCGUGAGGCGCUGGGAGGGCGUGAUGAUGGGGUUGGGAAGUGGUUGAAUGGGUUGUUUGGGGUGUAGAUGAGGCAUAUUGACGGAUAUAUAUUAGUUGAUAUUGAUUGAGAACGAGACGAUUGUAUAAUACAAGUACUAUAUUCAACAAAAUACACGGAAGCCUUUCACAUUAGCAAAGGCCAUAACCGAUGGAAC